GAGGAGAAUCAGCACCAGCAUCAGCAUCCAAAUGAAAAUAAAAGGGGGCGUUGUGUUAGGCAAGACUAGUAUCACUACUUACUAGUACUACUACAAGCAGAACAAAAAAUAAAUAAAAACUCUUUCAGAAAAAGAGAUGAGCCGAUGAGAGCUCAGAACUCCCCAUCUUCCUCUUCAUCCUCAUUCUCAUCGUUCAAGCUCCAUUGUCCUCUCAACACUCAUUCCUCACCAGGCCCAGAGAAGCUGUAAAGAUGAGUAUCACUAGUACUGGAAAGCUCAAAUCUUCAAGCUCCGAAUUGGACCUGGAUCAACCCAAUAUUGAAGACUAUCUCCCGUCUGGAACCUCCAUCCAGCUGGAACCUAUCAGCAAGCUCUGCCUUCGAGAUUUACUUGAUAUUUCUCCAACUCUAACUGAGGCCGCUGGUGCCAUUGUGGAUGAUUCAUUUACACGAUGCUUCAAGUCAAAUCCUCUGGAGCCUUGGAACUGGAAUAUUUAUUUGUUUCCCCUUUGGUGUUUUGGAGUAGUCAUUCGUUAUUUCAUUCUCUUUCCUGUGAGGGUUCUAGUGUUGACGAUAGGGUGGAUAAUUUUCCUGUAUUCAUAUAUUCCAGUGCACAUUCUAUUGAAGGGGCAUGAUAAGUUGAGGAAAAAGCUAGAGAGGUGUUUGGUGGAGUUAAUUUGUACCUUCUUUGUUGCAUCUUGGACUGGGGUGGUCAAAUAUCACGGGCCACAACCUAGCAUGCGGCCUAAUCAGGUUUUUGUGGCCAAUCAUACUUCCAUGAUUGAUUUCAUUAUCUUAGAACAGAUGACUGCAUUUGCAGUCAUUAUGCAGAAGCAUGUUGGAUGGGUUGGACUAUUGCAAAGCACUAUUUUGGAGAGUGUGGGCUGUAUUUGGUUUAAUCGCACAGAGUCAAAGGACCGUGAAAUUGUAGCAAAGAAAUUAAGGGAUCACGUGCAGGCUGCUGAUAACCCUCUUCUUAUAUUUCCUGAAGGAACUUGUGUAAAUAACCACUAUACUGUUAUGUUCAAGAAGGGUGCAUUUGAGCUCGGAUGUUCAGUUUGCCCAGUUGCAAUCAAGUACAAUAAAAUCUUCGUUGAUGCUUUCUGGAAUAGCAGGAAGCAGUCCUUCACAAAGCAUCUGCUGCAGCUUAUGACGUCGUGGGCUGUAGUUUGUGAUGUGUGGUACUUGGAGCCCCAAAAUCUUAGGCCAGGGGAGACUCCCAUUGAGUUUGCUGAGAGGGUGCGGGACAUAAUAUCUGCUCGGGCAGGUCUUAAGAAGGUUCCUUGGGAUGGAUAUCUGAAGCACUCUCGCCCUAGUCCAAAGCACAGAGAGCGAAGACAACAAAGCUUUGCGGAUACGGUGCUACAACGCUUGGAGGAAAGGUGAAGUGAAAAUAUGUAGGUCGCCUUGUCUAAAUUGUGUGUACCAGGUAAAUACUUCUGUUUCAAUUCACUGUUUGGGUGUCUGGGCAUGAAGCUGAAGGAUCUUUGAGAAAAAGAGGUAAAAUAAUGUCAUUGGGUCAGUAAUCAGCCCCGUUUGGGUGUGCUUUAGAUUUUGUUGGAACUUGCCAUAAAGCAAAGAAAUUGUGUUAUCAAUUAAUUAAUUUUGGCUAGUGAAUUAAUAUGUGCGUACUUUCGACGCCAUUUUAGUUUCCCUUUUGACGACUCUGUUUUGUACUUUUUUUAAUUUUAUGGCAGCUGAAGGUUUCUUCUAUGGACAAUGGCAUGGAGUAGCAUUGAUCAUUGUAUUACAGUUAUGAUACUAGAGCAUUCGUAAUAUUCUUCUUAAUCUUCCUUCUCAAUUAGAGUAAUAAGAUGUUAGUGUGAGUGCGACUUCAAAUUUUUUUUUUUUUUAAAGAAACUACCAUAACUUUUUAUUAAAAAGAAUAUGAAGUACAAUAGUUUUAAUUGGUAAAGAGAAUGUCUCUAACUCUAACCAAUCAUUAUGUAGUGCAAACUUAGCUAAAAAAGAGCAAAUUAAGUUACAUUCGGAAAGUUGA